AUGUACUAUAUGCUCACAGUCCUGCCAUCGUUUGGCAUUGGUGCCCUUUCUGCUAGGGAGGCUGAAGGAAGAGCUAAUAUCUCUGCAGGAGAUAAGGAGGCCCAUAAGCUACUCCAACCGGUGGACAAAACUCUAAAGACAAUGGCUAUAGAAUUUGCUGAGUACCAGGUCUGUGUUGAUGUAUUUAUUACUACUCAAUCUUAUGUUGACAUUGCGUCCAUCUCUGUCAUUCCAAGGACUACCGGAGGGCAGUUGGUUGCCCUUCAUUUUAAAAGAGGCAGGCAGCUGGAAAAGGCUGUGAUUGUCUUAUGUAAGGAACUGCAGGACUGCUCAUAUGAAGCUUGCUAG